GACUCUAUCUACCUCUGUGAGGAAUGAAGGUGAUCAAAAUUGGCAUGAAGAAUCACAUGAAGUCCAAAACACGUAGCUCAAAAUUGUGAAUUCUUGGCUGGUUUCAAGAUGGAUUUCAUGUCCAAUGUGACAUCCCGGUUGGAAUCACUUCAUGGACAAUUAAACUUGGUUCAUUUUCAGAUUCAGAAUUGGGUGGUGUUCCUUAAAGACACGAUCGAUUGUUUUGAUGAUCAUGGAGAUCCUCUCUUGAGUCAGCUCUUUUUGUUGGACAUCUCAACCGGACGAUAUGUUCAUCGGGCUCAAGGGCAAAAGUUGGAUGUGGGGACUAGUUUGGAUAUUGGCUUGAUUGAAGCCAAGAUCUCCGAUGCAUUUAGUGGGACCAAAUUAUGUCCAGGAUUUCCAAUCCAAGAUGUAGUGGAUGCCAACCAAACGACCAAGGUUGUGGAAUAUCCUUGGCGGAGACAAGUAUCCAACGUGUGUCAAGCCAUCUUUACUCCCACUGUGAAAAUAGAAAAUGGCCAAGAAGACACAGACCUAUCAACGGCUUGUCAGCCCUGUAUUCAAGCUUGGCAAGAGCUCACAUGUAACGAUGUCCCAGAAGUCGUCAAAGACACCCGAGAUCUUCUCGUCAAGGAGGAGAGUGGUGACGACGAUGGUGAUUUGGAAGCACAUGAAUUCCUAGAUAUUGGUGGAGCAUUGCCAGAUGAUUACGAUUCCGAGUCCUCGGGUGAUGACGGUGACGAAGCUUAUGAGGAUGACGAUGAGUGUCCGUGGGAUUACGAGAAACCAAACCGAAAAAAGAAACGACUAGAUCAACCCAAAGGUAAGAGGACGUCCUCGAGAAAGAGGAAAUCCGCGAAAGAAGAACCCGAGGAGCCGCCCAUCGAUGGUAAGACCUACCCGUGUGAUCAUUGCUCGAAAGUCUUUACGAGACGUCGCAAUCUACGGGUUCACAAAAGUCAUCUGAAGAGAGAAAGUCGUCAAGUGGAUUGCAAGGAGUGUCAAGUGGAGAAAAUCCCAUCUCUCAAGAAACUGGUGGACCAUGUGACAGCAUUUCAUCCCGAGAGUCUACAUAAAUACCAGAACUACUUACCCGAUGACCAGGAUAAGGACAAGAUGAAAGAGCCACAGCAAUGUUCCAUUUGCGAUCUCGUCUUCAACGGCAGCAUCUACAUCCUCCGACACCGACAACUCUACCACGAGAUUGGGGAUUUCGAGUGUGUGGAGUGUGCAGAAUCCUGUCUCACCUACUACGACCUUGUCCUUCACAAUCAUCAGAAGCAUUCGAAGGCCACCGAAUAUAUCAAACCCCACACGGAAGGCAUUCAAGUGAUUACUCACGAGGAUGGGAAGAUCGAGAACCGAAGAGGCACUCUAACCUGCACCCUGUGUGACAAGCGCUACGCCAACGAUGCGGGCUUUCUGAAGCACAUGAGGCACAAACACUCUUGGGGCGUGCUCGAAUGUCUGCCUUGCAACGAAGUGUGCCAUUAUGCCAAGGACUUCUUCGCUCACUCGGUCCGGUUUCAUGCUCAAAACGGUGAAGUGAAAUGUCCCACGUGUGGGGUUGGAUUCGGUGUCGACUCCCCGGAGACGUACGUGUCCCAUUAUGCCGUGUGUGAUCCAUCUUUCAAAAUGAGUAAGCAGGAUGGUUCCUGCCAUUGUCAAUACUGUGGGAUGCAAUUUCUGAGUAAGCUAGCCUUCGGGAAUCACGUCAAGAGUCAUGAAGGCUUUGAACGAUUUAAGUGCACCUUCUGCGAGUAUGGUUCCAACAAUAAGACGGUGCUAUUGGACCAUGAGAAAACGCAUCUGCGAGAGAAAGGAUUGACGAAUGGUGACAGUACCGAAGUGUUGUACUAUCAUUGUGAUAAAUGUGAGAAGCGCUUCAAUUCGACCAAUGCACUCCGCUUGCACAAGAAAAGGGUUCACGAAGGCAUCAAACGGCUUUUCAAGUGCCGAGAGUGUGGAGCGUGGUUCAAAUCGAAUACGCCUCUGUACAAACAUCGACAAGCCGAGCAUGGAUAUGUGCCUGGGCGUUUGGGGAAGAACCGACGGCGUAUUGUUAACUUUCAAUGUAAAUAAAUCACUUCUAGUCCAACGCAUA